CUUCAAUACCUGAAACAUAGAGUUGUUUAUUUUUACCAUUGCCUCUUCGUAAACCUUUGGCAUACCCUCUGAAAUCCUCUCUCUCUCUCUCUCUCUCUCUCUCUCAUGGCAUCAAAACCAGACGAAGAGGUUCCAGGGCAAGGGCAACUGAAAUACCAGACAUGGGUCUUGAAAGUUUCAAUACACUGUGAAGGCUGCAAGAAGAAAGUCAAGAAAGUUCUUCAAGGCAUAGAUGGUGUUUAUACAACAAUAAUAGACUCUCAACGACACAAGGUUACAGUGACUGCCAACGUUGACGCAGAUAUACUUAUCAAGAAGUUGUUGAAGUCAGGCAAGCAUGCCGAACUUUGGCCGGAGUCGAAGUCUGGAGAGAAAAAAUCUGGAAAAUCCAAGAAUAACAAUGAGAAUAAAAAAGACCCAAAAGAUGUCCAAGGAGAAGGUGAUGUUGAUGUGGCAAAGCCAGAAAAUGCUGAGAAAAAAGACAGUGAUCAAGCACCACUGGAGCCAGACAAAGGACGUGAUGAUAAGGUGGAAACAGGAGGAAUAAGUGCUGGGGGCAGUGGAGGUAAAAAAAAGAAAAAGAAAGGGCAAAAGGGUAAUUCAAAUAACAGCGGUGGUGGUGUUGGCAACCCUGGUGAUGCUCCUCCUCCUCCUCCUUCUCCUACUCCUGCAGGCACUGGAGCUUCUGUGGCGACUCUAGACCCGGCUCCACCAAAGCCUUCUCUGAAUCAUGGCCCUCCACCUCAUCACAUAUACUCGUAUCCACCUGUCUACCAUGGACCUGAACCGUAUGAAGUACUAAGUUACAGUAAUGUAUAUCCUAGCAGUAUUGCAUCAUACUACGCCCCUCCCAUGCAUGCUUAUCCAAACUCUUACGGUCCGAGCCAGAGGUAUCUUCCACCGGCUGAUCCUAUCCAUGAUUUCAAUGAAGAGGAUGCUAGGGGAUGCUCCAUCAUGUGACAAUUUUGUGUAAGUAUAUGCGUGAAAAAUGUUGUGUUAUCCUAGGGUGAAAUGUAAUAAAGACAGAAUGUAACUAUAUGCUGCUUGCUUUCGAGGGUGAUUUGCUACAAAUGUUGGGUGAUUCGUAGGUCCUGAAAUCUGCCUUUUUCAGGAGCUAAUGUGUAAAGAAGAUUUUUGUUUUGUCUCUGUCUCCUGCUCAAAUUAUAUGAUGUAAAAUCAACUCAGUAAUGAGCAAUUUGAGCUGUACAUGAACAAAUCUUUCCUAGAGGGUUGUAUUUUUCUAUGGGAAAUUAAAAUAGUUCCUGCUUAAAGUUUUAUCUUUUA